AUGGUUGCCAUCUUGAUUUUUGUGAGAUUGAAAGCAUUUAUUCUUUUUAUAGGCUCUGUGUGCAUUGUCAAUUGUGUCAUUGGCCUAAUAUUUACUACAAGGGCUGGUAACUAUUGGUUUAAUAUCUUCAAUGAUUAUGCUGCUACUCUGUCCUUGCUACUUAUUGUACUGGUGGAAACUAUUGCUGUUUGUUACAUAUAUGGGCUAAAAAGAUUUAGUAAAGACCUUUGCGUGAUGAUUGGACAUGAGCCAAGUUGGUAUUGGAAAGUUUUAUGGGCUUUUAUCAGUCCAAUAUUAAUCAUAAGCCUGUUUGUGUUUUACAUCACGGACUACAUCAGGACAGGGAUAUCCCAAUAUCAAGCCUGGGAUGCAACAGAGGGGCAACUGGUUACCAAAGAUUAUCCAAGAGGUGGCCUAGCAGUUAUUGGUCUGCUUGUGGCAUCAACAUCAUCAUGCAUACCAUUAGGAGCAUUAGUAACUUUUAUAAAGCUCAGAAGAAUUCGCCAGUAAUUGGACUUUAGCAACUGAUGCAGCUUUCACAUUCCAGCUUGAAGAUUAUACCAAUUAUAGGUCACAGCAAGCAACAAAGCAAACCCUGGGUAUACAAAUAUCCCCACCAAAAUAGUCUUAGCCAUUCUCCAUUUUAAAAAAAACGCUUUGCAGCAGAAGGUAACUUGAGAUUGAUUUUGACAGCUUGAAAAAUUGAUUCGGUGCAAUUAUGCAAAGGAAUUCUGGCAUAUGUGAAUAUGGUUGUAAAACAUCCAAAAUGUUGUGUGGUACAAACUAGCUGCAAUGUGUGCAACUGAUUUUUCUAUAUGGAUUCAUAAUUUAUGCAACUCAUUUUCAUGGUUGUUAUCUUUAUGAGCAAAGCAUUGUCAGAUUCUUUACUACCUACCAGAGCUUAUAGUUCUUUUGGGAAUUAUGGACAUUCAUUAGAUUGCUAUCUAAUGAAUGUCCGUACUUCCCAAAAAAACUAUAAAAAUAAUGGGUAACAGGGCUGGGAAAUUUUAAGGGCUACAUUGGUAUUAUGAACUAAGAAACUAAAGACAUACAUAUUUUAGUUGCAUACAGAAUGUGGUAUGUUUAAAUAUUUUUUAUCAAAUCAUAGAAACUUAAGUCAAAAAAUUAUGUGAGGAAAAUUGAAACUACUUGCCUGUGUUUUACAUUUUUAUUGCUUUUAGGACAAAGGGACUAGUCAAAUGUUUUUGUUUCCCUAUUCCACUCUUCAAAAAAAAUUCAAAAUAUGAUCAUCCUUGCUUACAAAUUAUUUUGUUCCAAAACCAUUUGAAAUUAUAAUGGUGCUGGGAAAAAACUUUACAAGCAAUGUCCACAUUACAGUCUACAAAGCACUCUCUCAGGCACAAGUGCCAUUAUGGUCAGCAGAGAUUGCACUGUACAUGACCUGUUAUCUCCCCCCCCCCUAUUUAAUUAGAAUUAAAUAAUUCUAAUUAAUGUUAGAAUUAAACAUUU